AUAAUUCCACUAUAAAUAAGCUCUUAACGUUACUCUUCACUUGGCUUGCAGAGACAAACCUACUAGAACAUUCCUCUAGUCUUCUUCUUCUUCAAAUCUCUCUCUCUCUCUAGAUAUGGUGACGAACUCCACAAUCAAAUUUCUAUGUAGCUAUGGCGGGAAGAUUCUACCUCGUUAUCCCGAUGGCAAACUCCGUUACAACGGCGGCCACACCCGCGUCCUCGCCGUCCCCCGCUCCGUCUCAUUUUCCGAAUUAGCGUCGAAGAUGACGGAGAUGUGCGGAUCCACCGUCACUAUCCGGUGCCAGCUUCCGACGGAAGACCUCGACGCGCUCGUUUCCGUUACUUCCGACGAGGAUCUAGCGAAUCUGAUCGAAGAGUACGAUCUCGUCUCCUCCUCGUCGCCGAUGAAGAUCAGAGUCUUCUUAAAUCCGCCGAAGUCGACGAUCGCGCCUCCGCGAUUAGCGUUACCGUCGUCGAAUACGUCAUCAUCUUCCUCCACUUCAUCGAGUCCUAGAUCUCCGUCGAUGUCGAAACCGCCGCUGCCUCCCUCGCCGCCGAGGUUAACGACGGCGAAGAAUCAGUGUUACGGUUGUUACGUUCACCGAAAUUCGAGGAAUGUCUACCUCGUUCACAACGGGAAUCACUGGCAAUAACCCCAAGCCCUUCAAAACUUAUAAAAAAAAUAAAGAAAAAAGUUUUCGUUAGAAAAAUGUAAAAGAGAGAUAUAAAAGAAAGUGUAAGUGAUCUCUCUAUGACGAUCAAUGACCGUCGCCAUUAAUGAAAUCCUCCUAAAGCUUUUCUU